UUUGACGUCAUGCAGUUGGAGAAAAUUUUAAUAAUUUAUUUCCAUCUUUGCCCUUCAGCAGAAUCAUGUGAUUGUAGUUAUGUUUCUUCGUGUCUUCAUCCGAAACCACCACUUCUUCCGAUACGUGAUUUUUCUAGGGUAACGGUGUUGGGAAAUCGUUUUGGGUUUCUUUUUCCGGCAUUUGAGUGUCNUUCGUGGUUGGGGUUGCAGUGGAGGCUUUCGUUAUCGGUGUGGGUGUGGCGUUCAUUGGCUGUCGUCAUUGUUGGUGUGUUGGGCUUGCGAAAUGACGACUUCUUCGACGACGAGGUUGACGGUUCGUCACUCAGUUUCGACAAAGUUCAUCUCUAGUUUGAACAAACGUUUGAGUAAGGAGCAGCGUGCAUUGAUUGGCGGGACUCUGUUUGGGUGGUUUUUAGAUUUCACUGGUAAUGUUAAAGUUGGUAGGAAAAUGUUGAGUGAGUUAGUGUUUAAAUGGGUUGAUUCAAGCAGUGGUUUCUUAAUUGCAGACAAAGUUGUGCCUAUGAAUGAGAAAGAUAUUUGUUUAGCUUUGGGUUUGAGUUUAGAUGGGAAAGAGAUAGAUUUAAAGCUAGAAAUGGGAUGUAGUAGCUGUGUGAAAUACAUUGGCAAUAAAACAAGAGAUUUGACUUUGCUAUACAAAUGUUUGAUGAAGAAAGGAAAAAGCAUUCCUUGUGCUCCUUUUUGUAGCUUGUACAUUUUGGUUGGUAUUUGUGAGAUAUUAAUUCCACAGCGUAAUGGAAAAGUGUUUCCCAUACUAUUUGAUAUUGUUGAUAAUUUAAAUGAUUUGGGAAAAUAUUGUUGGGCUAGUUUAGUGUUUAGAUGUUUGGUACGUGGUUUGAACAAAGCUUCAGAUGCAUUGAAGAAAGGAAAAGCUACAACGAACGUUUAUGUCAAUGGUUGCAUUUACAUGUUGCAAGCUUGGUUUUUUGAGAAAUUGAUACCUCCCAAAGGUCCUAUAGAAAAAAAUCCAAGAAUAUUGCAUUGGAUGAAUUUGAAGUUGGGAGACAACCUACUAACAAGAGCUUUGGAAACUGGUGUGGUUAAUGUUGAUGUUGGUAGAAGGAAGGAUGAGAAAGACUUCAAGGAUCAAGCAAAAGGGAAAAAUAAAGAUGAAAAGGCAUCAACAAAGAAGGAACUUAAGAAAAACCGCAGAGAGCGGUUUAUGGAAACUUUACACGAGCAACAAAGUCUUGUUGCAGAACUUAAAAGGAGGGUUCUUGUGUUGGAGGAAGAGGUCGCAUUCGAGAAACGUAGACGAAGAAGACCACAGGAUGGUGGAGACAAUGUGCCACAUGAAGAACCGUCCAUAUCCCCUAGAGGCAUGUCCCCAGGAGGCAUCAGUUCGGGCGGGAUCCCGUUGGGAGGCCAAUCCCAACAGAGCAUGUCCAGUAGUCGUCCUGCAAUGAAGACAUUUGUGAGGAUGGGGUCACGAAAGCGUUACAAGAGUAAAGCGCUUAGGACUCCUUAUGUAGGAUUGCUUAGGAAGAAGUUAGACUGAGAUUUGUAAAUAUUUUUGUACUUAUCGUCAUAUGCAGAUUGUGUAGCAUGAACAAUUAUUUUGUAAUGUGGAU